AUUUUUAAUCCAGUUUGAAUUAUAUAUAAAUUUGUAUAAAAAUUUAUCAUAUUUUUUUAUAAAUUUUUUUUUUCCCCAAUUUAAAAAUGUAUUAUAGAAACAUUUUAACAUUUGAUUAUGAAUUAAAUAAGAUAAAAAUAAAUAAACAAAAAUAAUAAAAAUAUUCUAAAUUUAAUAUGAUAUAAAAUAUAAUAAAUUUUAGAAUAUUUAUAUAUUCAUAAAAUUAUUAAAAUUUAUAAUAUAUAGAUAUGAAUUAUCUAUAUAUUAUUUUCAUUUUCAUUUUAUCAUAUAUAAUAUUUUUUAUAUCCUGAAUAACAUUAUUUACCAUUUCAAUUUUAUCACAUUAAUUUACUUAUCGUAUUACCAUUAUCAAAUUAAUUUAUUAUUUAUUCAGAAAAAAAUCCAUUUGUUUCAAAAAGUAAAUGUUAUUAAAUUUUGACUUAUAAAUAUACAAUACAGUUUUGUUAGUUUUUAAAACUUAACCUUAUUUUUUGUAAUUCUUUGUUCAAUAUAAUACGAUUUUGAAUGACACAGCAUAUAUUUAAGAAUUUAAAUUGGACAAUAUACAUAAUAUAAAAUGACAUCUCGAGAAAUAUUAACUAUUCAAUUAGGUCAUUAUUCCAAUUUUAUUGGUGCUCAUUGGUGGAAUAUACAGGAAACUAAUUUCUCUUAUGAUCCUGAUAACCCAUCAGAAAUAAAUAAUGACGUAUUGUAUAGAGAGGGUGAAAAUUUAAAAAAACAAGUUACUUAUACUCCCAGAUUACUUCUUUUAGAUUUGAAAGGAGCAUUUGGAUAUUUAAAAGAAGAAGGUUCUUUGUAUGAUACUCAAUCAAAAGAAGUUCAACAAUCCUUAUGGGAUGAUGAAAAAGUGGAGAUCUUGAAAGAAGAAACAAUUGAUAAACCUCAAUUUAUUAAAAGUUUAGAUGAACCAUCUACAACCUCAGAUUCAGCAUCAACAUCAUUUAAUUUGGAAAAUAAUACUAAUUCAUGGGUAGAUUAUCUAUUACCUAGAUUUCAUCCUAGAACAGUGAAUGUCAUUAAACAAUAUAGACACAAUGACACAAUGCAUCCAUUUAAUGUUUUUACUUAUGGAAAUAAUUUAUGGAAUACGGAACAAUUUUCAGAUGAUUUUUCAGAAAGAAUAAGAACAUAUGUAGAAGAAUGUGAUUUAAUGCAAGGUUUUCAGGUAAUUUUAGAUUCUGUGGAUGGUUUUGCUGGAAUUGGGACAUCAUGCAUACAAUAUUUAAGAGAUGAAUAUGGAAAAAGUAUAGUGUCAUUUCCAUGUAUGGACAGUAAAAAAUCUGAACCUUCCACAUCUAACAUGAUUAAGAUACUUAAUACAGCUUUAUGUUGGCAACAUUUAGGAGAACAUGCUUCAUUAUUUAGUCCACUCUGUUGUGCACAAACUGUUUGGCCAAAAAUUGAAGAUCCACGAAUAUUUAAUUAUUUAACAUAUAAUUCUGAACUAAAAUAUCAUAGCAGUGUACUUUUAGCAACUGCUUUGGAUACAUUAACUAUUAGGUAUAGACGAAAAGAAUAUCCAAACGUGGUUUUAUCCGAUUUAUGCGCAGAUCUUAACAAAAUGGGUAGAAAAGCAGUCGCAACAAGUUUAACUUUACCAUUCCCAAUGAGUGCAAAAACAGAUUUAAUUGAUGUACUUGAUAAUUUCGAAGGAAAUUUGUGGACAAGUUUAACACCAAAUUGUGAUAUAUCAAUGGAUAAAAAUAUGCAAAGCAUAGUAUUACGAGGAAUUUCUGAAGAAAGAUUAAAACGGCCUAUUUCUUAUGCAAUGAAACAAAUAUCAAAACCAGCAUAUAGAUGUUCUACCGUACAUGAAAUGAUGAUGCUUUAUUUAUCAUGUAAUAGUCAUGCAUCAGCAACAUAUUUAUCAAAUAUUUCAUCACCAUUGAACAUAAGAUUUCCAUAUCCAAAGAUUUUUAAUAAUAAUAUUACUGAAACUGGAGAUAUUAUUGAUUGUCCUUGGAGAUUAUUAGAAGGAACAGAUGUACAAUCUGUUCCUGUUAUGGCUGGUUUACAUAGUGGAAAUAAUCUUAGUGCAAUGUAUGAGUCUUUAUAUAAUCAGUUAAGUAGAAUAAAAAGUAUAAAAAAAUUUCAUGUAUUUACAGACUCUGGUUUGGAAGAAGAUGAAUUUAAUGAAUGUCUUAAUCAUUUGCUCGAUUGUAAAGAAAAUUACGAAGAUCAUUACAUUUAAAUAUUACUAACUUUAUUCAUAUUACAUUA